UUGGAAUUGAUCUUCCACCUGAAAAGGUGUUCUUAUUUCAGAAGUCUGCUCUGCACAAGUGCAACAUGGCUGGAAAGCCUGCUGUUGUUACUCAUGUUUUGGUCAGUAUGACGGACAACCUAAGGCCUGCUCGCGCGGAGGCAACUGAUGUGGCAAACGCGGUGCUGGACGGUUAGUUUUUGCCUCUUGCCGAUAUCUUAUACUUUGGUGAUCCUGUAAGUUUUUGCCUCUUGCAGAAUCCAAUGAAAGUUCUGAUUCUGAAAGCUCUGACUGAGAAGCCAGCUACCGAAGUGAAGAAUUCUGCGGGUUGCUACUGCACAAAAGAAAAAGCAGGAAUUGGACGGCUCUGACAGUGAUUCUGAUGAUUCAUCAGAUGAGGAUAGCCACUAAAAAACCAGUAGCCAAGAAAGUGGUAGAAUCUAGUGAAAGUUCUGAUUCUGACUCUGAGGAGGAUACCACUGCUAAACCAGUUAAGAAGAAUAAAGAAUCUAGUGAUAGCUCAGAUUCCGACUCAGAUUCAGAUUCUGAAGAAGAUACCACUGCUAAAACAGUUUCUGUAAAGAAAGAAGAAUCUAGUGGUAGCUCAGAUAAUGACUCGGAUUCUGAUUCUGAUGAACCAGCAAAAUCUACUAUUCCUGCUAAGAGGCUUCUGACAACAGAGAAAAAGAGUGAACAUUCCAAGGAUGAUUCUGAUGAUAGUUCUGAUGAGAGUGAUGAAGAGCCUGCACUAAAGAAGCCUAAGGAAUUUUUGGUGUUUGCUUUUUCAUCUGAAGAUUUUGGUCUCUUAGGUUGCCAAGAAAGAAAGCAGUGGUGAUGACGACAGUUCUGAAGAGAGCUCCAGCAGUGAUGAUGAAAACGAUCAAUCGGUGUCAAUGUGAAAGUCCAAGCAAAAUCAAGAACGAAGAUCUGAAUCACCCUCACCCCUCUAGAGAAAUCAGUUUACUCAUUCAAGUUCUGGAAAUUCUUUAUAGCUUUCUGAGUUUACUUCGGUCUUGCAUGUGUUAGCUUUCCAUUUGUGCCCCUUGCUUUG